GGCACAUCGAAUGACAGCCUUCUGAGUGACAGUGCAAUCGACUCGAUAUCACCUUGCCGAGCAAUAUAUAUACAACUUACACCGCUAUGGUAACCUUCGUUCUACUCGUCUGCGCUCUGUUUAUGCUAUACCGGUAUCUGAAGCAGUGCCAUUCUGUCUUUGAAAGGCUUGGCAUCCCAGGACCCAGACCGUCUCUUCUUUUUGGUAACGUGGCCGAGUUUAAAUCCAAGUUUCCACUUGACGUGUUUAAAGACUGGAGCAGACAGUAUGGAAAAGUCUUUGGUUUCUACGAGGGCCUACACCCAAGUAUUGUCAUCUCUGAUCCAUGGCUGACACAACAGAUUCUGGUCAGAAGAUUCGCCUGCUUCAGCGAAAGGCCGCCGUGCACCCCUUUCCUAAACUCCUUGGAUGACAUGAGCAUUCUAAACGCUAAUGGCGAACUGUGGAAACGACAGAGAAUGGUGGUUGCCAAGGCGUUCAAUGCCAAAUCUGUGAAGGAGAUUGUCCCCGGCGUAACCCGGACAUCAAGGAAACUACUACAACGACUUGAAGCUGGAGUUCAAGAUGGCGUGGAAAGUUUGGACAUCGCCGAUCUAACGGAGCGAUACACCCUCGACGCUUUCGCCAACGCAGCGUUUGACUACAACUGUGACAGCCUCAAUAACGACCAGGAGCUUCUCUAUAGAUUCAUGCUGGCAUUCAACAAAUCAGGAGCCGCCGAGAACCCACUCGCGGGCUUUGCACGGUUGUUCCCGUCACUCACGUCGUUUCUGCAGUUGUUUGACACGGAACAUCGUCAGCUCCACGCACUGCACUUAAAGAAUAUGGGAAAACUCAUAGAGAAAGAAAAACAAAAGAUGGAGGACUGCCCGGAAGACAAAUCAACCAAUCUCCUACGUCGUCUCAUAGAAGGGUACUCACUUUCUAUUGACGAAGAUAACAACGAGGUAAAGCGCCACCUAUCGGACGAAGAAGUCCUUAGUCAGUCUACCAGCCUUGUUGGGGGCGGCCUUGGUCCUACAAAUUCCAUUCUGUCGUUUGCUCUCUACCUCCUGGCUACCAACACAGACGCUCAGAGCAAGUUGGUCGAGGAAAUAGAUGAAAGACUUUCACAAAAUGAGUCAAUCGACUACGAGACGCUUUCGCAGAUGGAAUAUCUGGAUAUGGUCAUAGAGGAAACCAGUCGAGUGUUCCCCGUGAUUCCUGGCGUUGCACGGACAUGCAAUGAAGACUGUGAAAUCGACGGGAUUCCUUUCCGGAAAGGGAUGAAAGUCAGAGUGAUGGCGAUGAGCAUGUACACUGAUGAGACGCUAUUCCCCGAACCAGACAGAUUUAUCCCAGAAAGAUUCAGCAAGGAGAACAAGGAGAAGAGACCUUACUACAGUUAUCUCCCCUACGGUCACGGGCCUCGCAUGUGCGUAGGCUUCAAGUUCGGCCUCGUUCUAAUAAAAGUUGCACUUGUCCAGAUACUACGUCAUUAUAUCCUCACAUCAUCAUCCAAAACACAGGUUCCAUUGCAAACAGCCCUGAGGCCAUUCUUAACCCCUCGCGGACCUGUCCACAUUGGUCUAGUGAGGCGAAACACGUAAAUGAACUAUGCGAUGUCAAUCGAGGCCUUAGUUUUAUUGCAAAUCUUACGCCAGGUCGCCAAAAUCUGUGAUAUGUGAUACUUUCACCUCUGACGUCAUAACCAAGAUGUGACGUCAUCAUUGUCUGUGCGAGAUAUCGACGUUUAGCGCUGCAGCAAUUGCGCUUGGAAAAAUGAUCUGAACAGUUGGAUGGGAUGCAUGUGACGUCACCAUGACGUGGUGGCGUGACGAACACAGUGACGUGAUGGCGUGACGAACACCGUGACGUGGUGGCGUGACCAGUUCGACGUCGUGUUGCCGUGAUCAGAGCGAUAGUAAAGACUCUAUCCAUGGCAAACUCAACAGGAUUUUAUGUAAUAUCAGCUGUGUCAUGUGAUCGCCACAGAUACCACGUGAUCAUCACAAAGAGAUUUUCAGCCAUUUCCACGUGUGUUCAUUGUACAUAAUGAAAAGCAAAAUUCAAAUCGGGUUCCAGUACACACAGUAUUCUUUUGUUGUAUGAUUAACGAAAUCCAUUCGUCACCGUUGAUAGAUAAAUUUAUCAUUUAUAAAAAAAUAUUUAUGUUUAUGUGAUUUGAUUUAAACAUAUUUAUUCACAAGGAGUGAACGGGAUUGGAGGACACCUUUUUCAUACUUAGAUUGCCCUCUCCCUGGUAUUUACAAAAUUUCACAUUUUCAAAAUCAAUAUAUAUGCAUACAUCACUAUAGAGGAGACAUAAAAUGGAGAGAGAGAGAGAGAGAGAGAGAGAGAGAGAGAGAGAGAGAGAGAGAGAGUUUGAAGGGGAGACAUGCAUUGUUGAAUGAACAGUUCUUUACACAAAUCUUUUAGUUGUACAAUUAUAAUGUUGUACUGCCUUAAAUAUAGCUUCAUUUUCUGUAACAACGUGAUCUGCAUUGCCGUAUAUCAGUAAGUGUACAUCAACAGGUAUGUUAUGAUCAAUAUUUUAAAGGCUGUUAAACAUAAUUUCACGCUGUUGACUAAACAAUGUACAUUCCAUGAGAUAAUGAUAUGCAUUUUCACCUGUAUUUGAACAUGUACAGUUCGGGUGAUGUUUUAUACCAAUUCUAUAUAAAUCAUAAUUCAACUGACGUGUAUCUCAGUUUUGUGUGUAAGAUAUUAUAUUUUCUAUUUCCAUAUGCUAAGGUAACGUGGGGUGGUGCUUUUGUAAAGAAUUUGUAAAACAAGAAAUCGUAGAAGUUCGAUCUGAUAUCGGAAUAGAGUUCCACAAUCGGAUAGUCAAUGGGUGAAAGGAUUCACGCGAAUGUCUUAGUCUUGUGAGAGCAACACUGAUGUUUUCUGAGACUGUAUGAGUUUUUUUGUAGCAACGGAAGGGGCCAUAUUAUGAUUAAUUUUGAAGAAAAGACAAAGUUUACGUUUCUUUUUACGCUCAACUAAGGGUUCCCAAUCGGUUUCGUUAUAUAAUGAAUGCCUGGGGGCAUAUUUAGGUAGACCAGUUACAAUGCGUGCAGCUUCUAAUUGUAAUUGUUCUAAUUUCUCACUUUGUCCUUCGGUGCAACCAUCCCAAA